CAACAGGGGAGCCGUGAGAGUGCGCUCAGCCUUGCUUCAUGGAGAGAGGCGUUUCCAGCGCCGCCGCUCUCAGCGAAUUCAACACCAAGCCUGCCCGUCUCUUUUCCCCACAGCGCAGCCCGACCAUGAUCGCCCAGACUCACCCUGUGCUGUCAAUCCUUUUCUUCGCCCUGACUUUCAAGACGCUACGAGUCUUCCUGCGGACGCGGAGUUUUUCCCUCCCGCCGCAACAAGUCAAGGAGAACAAGACCAGGUCCUGGAGGUGGACCAAUCUCAACGUCUCCCUUGUUCACUCGGCGAUCACGGGACCGUGGGCUUUGUUGUGUGUUUACAACGCUCCUGAAAUGUUAACUGAAAUUUUUUCGUUCCAAAGUUCCUUUUCAUAUUCGCUUGUCUGUGUUUCCACAGGUUACUUCAUCCAAGAUGUGGCUGAUAUUAUCAUGAAUGGACAGUCUAGAGCUUCCUGGGAGUUCCUGUUGCACCAUAUGUUGGUGAUUUCAACUUUCCUCUACAUAGUGCUGACCCAACGCUACGUUGCUGGAGCUGUUAUUGCAUUGUUCGUUGAGAUGAACAGUAUUUUCCUCCAUGCUCGACUGCUCCUAAAGCUGGCGAAUGCGCAGAGCUCUCAGCUAUACUACUAUAACAAGUACAUCAAUGUUUUCACCUAUGUUGUGUUUCGACUGUCUACCCAGUUUUACCUCACGUGGUUCAUGAUAAAGAACUUAGGUGUCCUCCCACACGCGGGCUACAUCACUCUGUCCUUGAAUGCGAUGAACAUCAUGAUCCUGAUUUACUUCUACCGCCUGAUCCGUGCAGAUUUCGUCCGUAAGCCGAAGCACUGCUUACAGAAUGGAAACAAUAACACUAAGUUUGUGGAUGAUUAAAAGACUCAAGCAUUCCAACUCAGUGGUGUGCAGCAAAAACAGAAUCAUUGAAUUAAUUUAAGGCUGAACUAAGUACUGGAGCAGAAUAACUUACAUUUUAACAUUGGUGUUUGUUCAAGAUUGCAUUUUUCAUGUAAUGUACGUGAAGGGAAUGUUUCUUAUGGCUGCAGCCAAAAAGGAAAAGUUAACACAGCCAGUGUGACUACUGACGUGUAUGUAUUAUUCUUCAUUAGCCAAUGUGGCUAGAUUGGGUUUAAAAAUAUUGUGCUUUAAUUGUUAGGCUAAAGGUUGUGUGAAUGUUUUCUUAUACUUCACAGUAAUGCCAGGAAAUGAUAAGAGUGCAAUAAUGCAGUUAUGGAGAUGUCACGGACUUCCACUGAAAAUUAGACAACUUGAUCUGGUAAAUCGGUGACCAUUCUAAAUGAGAAAGGUUCACAUCUGGUACACAGUCUAUUAACCAAUCUCUGCUGUGAUGUUGGGGGACUCAUUGUUGCUCUCCUGCUUUAUGGCAGCAAAGAAAUGCUAAUAAUUGCUCUAUAGAAAUGUUGUAUUGUUGUGUCAGGUUUGGUCUGAUUGUGGUACACCGUGCAGCAGCUAAUAUGCCGACAGUCUAACCUGUGUUACUACAGUUGUGGAUGCUGGCUAGCAGGCCGUUGACAAGGGAGGAGCUUACCUUCGCUCCAAUGACACUUGUCAGUUUUCAGAUACUGUACAGGGUUUCUGGCUGAUCUCUGCAGGGAUUCUGCCUGGAACAGAUGUUGGAAUUGCAAACAGCAGAAUCAUGGAAGAUUGUUGCAAUGUUGUCAGCAAGCUUUAUGCUGACAUAAGAAAACUUCUAGUUAAGAGUUAAUUUUAAAAUUAGGCUUUGAGAAGCAUCUUUGUGGAAGUAACUGAAUUGACAUUGGCUGCAAAGUUCUUAUUCUUCAGCAUUAAAAUAAAUCCUGUGCCAUCUAUUGAAAUACUGGCUGGAAUAACAAAAAAAAAUGUCCUUCCAUUCUGGGCUGUGAGCACUGCAAAUGAUGGGAAAUCCAGUGAAGGAUUUAGUCACACCUAUCUCUGGUAUGGAAUAGUUCAAAGCGUAAAUGUGUCUUCCAGCCGGAAAUGGUUAGGAGAGACAGUCAUGAAUUAACUAAGGUUUCCAACUCAUUUCUCUGAAGUUAGACGAAGUCCCCCAAUGUAACUAUAGCAAAAGAUUCAUCUUAUAAUCCAUGUUUUCACUUAAAUUUUGAUUUAGGGGAGGUGCUGCAGACUUCUGGCAUAUUUGCUAAUGUAAUGCCUUUAAUUAUGUCACAGUGGUUGCUGUCCUUGUGCAGAGAACUUCAUAACAUCUGAUGUGUAUUAAGUGCUUUUGGUGUCGAUGGCACUAAUAUACUUACUGUUUAACAUUGAUAAAAUGUAUAUUUGUAUUUGCAUUUUUAAUUUGCAUUAUAUGGAGGAAUUGUCUUGUAGAGCACCAGGAUAUUUAACCAGUUUAUGGUAUUAAUUUAACAAAAGGCUACAGGCCAAUAUCUAUUCAAAAUGGAAACAUGUGAUGUGUAAUUUCCUACCCUGUGAUUUUUUAAAGCUUUUAUCUGGUAUGUUGCAAGCUGAUUAAGAAAGUAUUUUUUUACUUGCUAUUGAGAACUCCUGAUGCUGUAAUGCAAUACCAUAAGAAAUAUGAUUCCACUGUUCCAAAAUCACUGAAUGUUGGGGGAAAAAAAAAAUAUGGGCAGAGUUUAUAUUUUGCAGAUUCCAAGCUAUGCAGACAUAUAUGCUGUAAUGUCAGUAGACCCACCCCAACCCUCCCCCCCCCUGAAACUAUCAUCACUCCUUCCCCCUUUGAUCCCAGCUCUAAUCCCUCCCUAUCCUUCACCAUUCCUUCUGAAUUUCCCCUCUCUGAGGUGGACCGUCCUGUCCUCAGCAAGGGCCUUAUCUUUGUCCCCCUUCGCCUGCACCUCAGCGAGUUCAUCACCCGCCACAAUGCUGAGCUCUUCUUCCAUUGACUCCGUCUCUGAGACCACUUCUUGGUUCCCACCCUGUACCGAUGAUUCCUUCCCCCAUCUCCAACCCUCUUGGACAAUCUUCUUGGAACACUGCUCUAGUGUUCUGCCUGCUCUGGACCUCUUCAUCUCAAUCGCUGAUGAAACACCAACCGGCUCAACUUCAGCACUCCUCACUCCUUCUCGAACCUUACCCCCUCUGAACGCACUGCCCUCCACUCUCUUUGCAUCAAUCCCAACCUUGCCAUCAAACCUGCAGUGAAAGGGGGUGCUGUUGUAGUGUGGCAGAUUGGCCUCUACCUGAGUGAGGCCAGGCAACAGUGCUCAGACACCUCCUUUUACCACUCUUGACCAUCAGAAAACUGUCUCCUACACCAUCACUGACCUCAUCAACUCUGGAGAUCUCACAUCUCCUGCCACCAAUCUCAUAGUUCCCCUACCCCACAGUACUCAUUUCUACUCCAAAUCAAGAUCUACAAAUCUGACUGCCCAGGUAGGUCCACUGUUCAUGUAGGGCUUGCUCCUGCCCCACUGAACUCAUGUCCACGUACCUCAACUCUAUUCUAUCCCCCUUGGUUUAGUUCCUUCCCACCUACAUCAGCAACACUUUGCAUGCUCUUGAUCUCUUCAACAACUUUCAGUUCCCUGGACCUGACCAUUUCAUUUUCACCAUGCCUGUCCGACUCCACCCUCCACAUCUUGCAAACCUGAUCCUCACCCUCAACCAUUUCUCCUUCAGCUUCUCCCUCUUUCUCCAGACUUGAGGGGUAGCCAUGGCACCUGUACGAGCCCCAGCUUUGCCUGUCUUUUCAUUGGCUGUGUAGAACAAGCCUUCACUAGUAAUGGUACCUAACUCUUCCUGCACUACAUUGAUGGCUGCAUUGGUGCUGCUUCACGCACCCAUGCUGAGCUCAUCAAUUUCAUCAACUUUGCCUCCAACUUCCACCCUGCCCUUUAAUUCACUUGGUCUAUUUCUGACACCUCCCUCCACUUUCUCUGUCUCCAUCUCUGGAGACAAAUUGUCUACUGACAUCUUUUAUAAACCUACUGAUUCCCACAGUUGUCUAGACUAUAAUUCCUAAUCUGUAUCCUAUAAAAAUGCUAUUCCCUUUCUCAGUUCCAUUGUCUCUGCCACAUCUGUUCCCUGGAUGAGGCUUUCCUGUCCAAACAUCAGAGACAUCCUCCUUCUUCAAAGAAUGAGGUUUCCCUUCCUCCACCAUUGAUGCUGCCCUCACCUACAUCUCCUCCAUUUCCCAGACAUAUGCAUUCACUGCAUCUUCCUACCUCCUUAACAGGCAUAAAAUUUACCUUGUCCUCAUCUACCACCCCAUGAAACUUCCCAUCCAAACCAUCAUUCUCCACAACUUCUGCCAUUUUCAACAAGAUCAUGCCACCAAACACAUCUUUACCUCACUCUGCCCCUCCCCAACUCUCUGCUUUCCAUAAGGAUCACUCCGUCCAUGCUUCCUUGUCUGUUCGUCUCUUCGCACUAAUCUCGCUCCUGGCACAUAUCCCUGCAAGUGACAGAUAUGCUAAGAUUGCCUAUUCACCUCCUCCCUUACUUUUGUUCAAGGCCCCAAACAGCCCUUCCAGGUUAGGCAACACUUCACCUGCGAAUUUGUUGAGGUUAGUUUUUGUACCCAGUGCUCCUGAAGAGAUUCCUCUACAUUAGUGAGACCCGAUGCAAUUUAUGGGAACAUUUUCUAGAGCACCUCUGCUCCACCUGUCAAAAGCAGAAUUUCCCUUUGGCUAACCAUUUUAAUUCCUAUCCUCAUUCCCAUUCCAACAUGUCGGUACAUAGCCUCUUUUGCCAUGAUGAGCCUACUCUCAGGGUGGAGGAGCAACACCUUAUAUUCCAUCUGGGUAGCCUCCAACCUGAUGGCAUGAACAUCAAUUUCUCCUUCUGGUAAUUGUUUUUUACCUCCCCUUCUCUCUCUCUUCUAUUUCACACUCUGAUCUCCUACCCCUUCUCUUUCUCUGCCCCUGGUACCAUUCUUCUUCCCUUUCUCUUUGGUCUACUCUUCUCUCCUUUUAGGUUCCUUCUUCUCCAGCCGUUUACCUUUCCCACGCACCUAUCACCUUCCAGCUAUCCUUCUUCCCCUCGCCCCACCCCUGCCUUUUUAUUCUGGCAUCUUCCUCCUUCCUUUCUACUCCUGAAGAAGGGUCUCAGCCCAAAAUGGCAAUUACUUAUUCAUCUCCAUAGAUGCUGCCUAACCUGAGUUCUUCCAGCAUUUUGUGUGUGUCGUUCUGGAUUUCCAGCAUCUGCAGAAUCUCUUGUAUUUACUGUAUGUGAUCUGUUGGAAGUGUCAGCAAGAUUGGAUUUCAUCAGCAUUCUCUUGCUGCUGUUCCAAGUUUGUUAAAUAGGAAAUUCUGCCUUACAGGCCUAAAGCCAGCCUGAAGGCUUGUGGCUGGCAAUGAAAGCCAGACGGGUACAGGGAAUAUAUAGGAAAGAAAUCUGAAUUAACUGUAUGUUGUGUGAUUUGUGCCAUUCUGAAGUAAUACCCUGGGAGCUUUGUCUUGGGUGAACACUUACUUACUGCCUUUGUAGCCUCUGGCUGUUUUUAAAAUGUGUUCCAGAUCUCUUGUGAAUUUCUUUCAUUUUAGUAAGAUUGAAUGUAGCAGUCUAACAUCUGAUGCCAAACCAUAAUCUCCAAAUGUCAAAGCAAAAUAAUAAUGGGGGAACAAACAGUUUUUGUAUAUUACACCCUCUCUACAUAUAUGGGUAUUUAUGAAACAUUGUUAGAUUUCAUGGUUGGAAGUAUGAUGCUGCUGUCAGAGUUUGCCAUUGUUACACCAUGAAACUGACACUAACUCCCCCACUUUAUACAUGUAGUAACAACACAGAAAUCAAAGUUGCUUAGAGUCAUAACCUGUUCCUCCAUAGGCUCUGCUGAUGAAAUCUUUGCAAUAAUCUAUUCAAAAAUUUGCAAACAACUUUUGCCUGAAGUUAAAAGUAUGACGAAACUCUUAAUGGCAUACUAAGCUACAAGCUCCCUUCUAACCCUGAAAAUCUAAUUUUAUAUAUGGAAUCUGAUUGCUCAUCAUAAUUAUUUAUGUUCAAUGGUUAUUGAAAGUGAGAAGUUUUUCAGCUAAUGUUUCAGAUUCUAUCUUUAAUCUCUUGUAUGUGUACAUCCUAAUCUUUACUUCACUCUUUGAUUGUACAACACCUAAUCCUUUUGGUUGAAAACAUGAUUAGCAGUUUUCAGUAAUCUUGCUGACGGACAGUGAUAUCCCAUGGUUAUAAACGGACAGACUCUUCACUCCAAAUGAUAAAUAACAUUGACUGAUAAUGAAUGAUUGCUGCAUAUCAUUCCACUUGUCACAUUAGGUUGACAAUAUUAGAGGUCAAUAUUCAUGACAUUAGAAGUGAUUAAUAAUGGGAUUUAAUUGCUUGAGAUUUCUUCACUAUAUGGUGAAUUGUUUUUAUGAGACGACAUUCACAGUACUGAGCUACACAUUCCCAAAAAAAAAUUAAUUAAUUAAAACCAUCAAUCAAAUGAGAUUGUCGAUGUCUUUAACAGGAUGUUAUUCAUUUGAUGAGAAGUGUUGUGUAACAGUUCAAUCUGCUUUGCAAGAGUGAGGUUAAUUUUAUCCACUUCGAUGAUGUACAGAUGCUGAGAUAUUAAGGAUAUGACUGUACUGGUGGAAUAUACAGUAGGUAUUCAUUAAAUUCUUUGGUGCAACUAAUAGGAUAUGUUGCCUUGUAUAAAAGAGACAAAAUGUAAAAUUUUCUAUGUUUUUUCACAAUCUUUGACAAAUAAAAUUGUGUUCUAUAAACUUUAAUGCAUUAUAUUUUCAUAAAUAUCCUUUGUAAAAUGAGCAUUCUUCACAGGAAAUGUAAAUAUUUGAAGUAUUUAUUACCUUGGUAUAUUUCACACCAUUUGAAUGUUACAGUGUAUUGGACAAGAUGUAUCACAGAGA